GUGAAGCUCCAGCAGCACCUCGUUUCAUUUGGUGGGAUCCUGGUUCUGGCAGCUCCUCUCUCAGAAGCUCCAUGGAGCCUUUGUGGAAAUCAUUUAUUCUCCAACACAGCAGCGAGGUCUGGAGCUAUACCAUUUCACCAUCAUAACAGAGGUACUAUAUGAUGAGCAGCCAGUCAAUGCACACCCCUGUUGACCCAGUGUUUCGAAGCAAGAUGCCGCUACUGGAAGGGAACUUAGCAUCCACAGGACUGUCAAAACCACAAAAUAUGUCUGGUUUCCUGGGUAAGCAGAUGCUGCAGUACAACGGGGCCUACUUCACUUAUGACCACAGAGGAAAGGACGGGGCAGGAUUCACUUCUCCGUGGAGCAACUCAAAGGCCUCUCUGGUGGAUGGCAGAAGUCCUGUGAGUCACCUCUCUGGCAUAGAUGGACAAAACCACAUCAUUUACAGACAAGACAGCAAUUCUUCAGAGGAGGGCCAUUGUCAUUCAUCUCUGCAUCACGGCCCAUUAAAACAGGGCUUUACAUUAUACACUAAAAGUCCCGGGAUUAGCAGCCCUACAGCUGCUGCUGCAUCAGGGGCUCUUAGAAAACAAAAAACUGAGGGUGGGAAUUCAUCUCCCCCAUCUGAAAACUCUGUUUACUUAGCGAUUCCUAAGCCAGUGUAUGUGCAUAACCCCUGCUGUAACGAACUGGGUUGUGUGAUAGGACAUCGAUACAGUGUGGAUCACGGCUCUCCGAGGAUACCGAGCGCUGUAUAUGAGCAUGAUUGGAUGCAAACCGAUACUCACUACACUGAGAGACCGCCCAUCCAGAGGAAAGCACAAGACAUGCUGUCGCAACAGAGAGGUUUACAGACUGAGCCCAGUGCAGAACCACUAAAGAGGAUGACUGUGGAGACAUACAGCCCCGGUAUAGCAAGGACUUUUCCUGGUAUGAUUGACCCAAAUUACAGCAGUUACCCCUGCACCCCGACUCGCACACUGUUUAGUUCUCCUAGUGAGAAGAGCCAGGCUUUACAGACUCCCCCCAGAGGCUACCCUAGCUUAUAUCCCUCCCAUCCCUUAUAUGAGCAUAUGACCUCAGAGGUUUAUCAGGAACAUUCUCCCAUGUCCAAAUAUGGCCAGCUAACACAGCACCCAAUGUUUUAUUACACCCAGGCAAAUGUGGAGGUAGAAAACAGGACCCAGUUUAAACCGAGAGAAGAUGUGCCUGUUAUUCUUAAACACACAAUCUCAAGCCCCCGGGAGCAUUACAUAGUGCCUCAGCAGUUUCAUGGUGAAAUUCCUAUGCCAGGCCCUGAAAUGUUGUCAAAUCAUGCCUUGAUGCGGGGUUUUGACUAUCCAUGUUAUGCAGUUCCCAGAUUUCAUUUAAAUGCAAGCCAAAUCAGAGCCCCCAUAAAAAGGCAACAUGCAUCGCCUAGCUUUCACCCUACUCACAUAACUGUUUCCCCAUCCAGCCAAUACAUGGAGCACCCCAUGGUGUCUGCAGCCAACCUACACAAGGACAAACCCAACGCUAGCCUGCAUGUUGGCCAACCACACACCAACUCACCAUUCCUACGCGUGGACCAAACCAGUCCUAACAGACGUGUGAGCCAACCCGGUGUCUCACCAUCCAGCAUACAGACUAACAGAUUUUAUCCCCCACUCUCCAGCCUGCAUGUUGACCGACCCGUCUUUCCACCAACUAGCUUGAGCAUGGACAGAAUCCUGGACUAUUCCUCCUGUAAUGCCCAGGUUAUGAGCCCGAAAAAGCCCCAAAACCUUCCUGUUUCCCCAGCUGCAUGGCUGCCCCGGUCACCGCAUCCUAGUUCAGAUCGAGUCCACGCAGCUGUACCUAACUGUGCAAAUGUCCGAAAAAUAAUUUAUUCCCCUGCUGUUGCACCAGGAAAUAAACACAAUGGUCCUGUGUCCAGCUCUGGCACUGCUGUUCUGAAGGGGUGCCUGAAGAGAAGUGUUUAUCACUCAUCUUCACCCAUCAAAAUAAAAGAAGAGGAUAGGGAUUUAUGUGAGGUGGAACUCGUUAAGAAACGACAAAGGGUGGAAAUGAAGACUGGAGAGGUAGAAAAUGAAACAGAAUCCCCUCCUAUGCCAGUUAUUGGCAAUGUCUUCAGUCUGGCACCUUAUCAAGCAUACCUGCAGGCAUCUGGAGUGUUAUUCCCAGGAAGAAUCGUCCAGUCAGCUGAGCAGCAUGAAGUCAAAACCAAGCAAGGCAUCAGAGCAAAAAGGCCAGAUCAAGAUAAACAGCAGCCUGUUGUCUGUCUGGUUUCCAAAACGACGUGUGCAGAUACUCCAACAGAGAAGGCUGCUGCUGAGCUCUUGGAACCCAAAAAUAUUAAAGGUGAAAAAGUAGAUCCAACAGACCCUGAUGACUCCGCAAAGACUCCUGUUAAUGAGACGGACUGCAACAAAAUCAAAAUCAAAAAAGAACCCGAAGAGACUGGUUCAUUCAACAGUGAACCCAUGUUGGUGAUAAAGAAAUGUGAACCGGAUGAACUUGAAAGUAAACCCUCAUUAGCAGAUGAAAAUGAGACCAAAACUGGCGAGGUGACUGCACAGGUGAACUCGUCUUCUCGGGCCGAUAUAUGCACAUUGCAUAAACAGGAGGUCGCCCUGCCACCCAAAUCCAUUACUCCACCGCAACCACCUGAGAGCAAACUCAAUUUUAAAAACAUUCCUCCCCAGUGUCUGAAACUGUCCACUUACAAUUUAAUUUUUUGUGAUACGAAGAAUUCUUGCCCAGCUCCACCCCCAGAGAGGCCACCUGCGCAGCCAAUAUCUGAAUUGAUAACAAAACUAGAAGUCCAAAUGCCAGUCCGCAAGCACUUCCUUGAGAUGCACCAAUCACUCUGCAAGCUAGUAUCCAACUCUGUGUUGGCCUCUUCAGAGCAGGAACUCAGAACCUGGUUGUCUCAGUUGGAACUGACUGAACCAGCAUCUCCUUCAACCAAAGUCCAGAAAGUGUCUUGUUUGUUGGGGGUAAAGGCCAGAGAGGCGUGGCUCAAUGAGGAGAUGAAGUCAGCGCUCAGUACGGUCCUGGAGAGGUUGAGAGAGUACACCGCCCAGGAACGCUGUCCCUUUCCACACGUCAUGCGGACGGGGGCAGCGUUCCUCCCCAUGUUGGUGGUGAAGGAGCUGCUGUUUCCGAUGGUCCAGGGCAGCUUCGUCGACCAGGUCCUGCAGGAGCACAGGGUGGAGCUGCGUCCCACCACGCUCUCCGAAGAAAAGCUCCUAAUCCAGUUUCAUAAAAGAGCCUGUUCGUCCAGGCUCAGAAGACUGAUGUCCCUCAAACACCUGCCCGACAUCUACGCUGACGUGGUCAACCUUUUGUAUCACACCUGUGUCUGCAAACAUCUGGAAUCAACCUCACCUGAUGUCCAAAAGAGAGUCCAGGAUUAGAUAUGGAUGAUCCUCCUGACAGAGAAAACGAUGAAGGUUGUGAGGAGACUAUCAGCUGCAGGAGUCCUGUAUUUUCAGAC